AUGAUCGACGAAAGAGAGGCAUGCGAGGAAUGUCUCGAGCACUGCAGAAGAGGAAAACGUUGCCCCAAAUACUAUGUGCGAUGCUACCAUUGUGGCAAAUACGACCAUCAUUCUGCGCUAUGUGGACUACCUGAUGAAAGUGAAGUUACAACGACAAGGCUGGCAAGGGCGCGCCACAGUCUAGCAGAAGCGACGGAGCGCAUCGGGCAGUUACAAGAAGAUCUACGCCACUACCAAGACUAA